CACACACACACACACACACACACUCACACAGACAAAUGCAUUGACUUCAGACAGCAUCUCAGCACUGAAGGAACAGGGACUGCACACAUCAUCACACACAUCGCUCUGCAUGUUGCCUUUUUCUUGCUCUAUGAGACAGAGGAAGUGCUUGGAGGGAGGACGCCCCUGCUGACCUGGACCAUGAGCAAUGAGUCUGCCGUCUGGAAAAACCUAACAGAAAACCCCACAGAACUUCCUUUGGAGCCCGGGGUGCAAGAUGGCUACAUCCUCCAGCUUGUUCUUUUGUCCAUCUUCCUUGCAGUGACGCUCGUUCUCUUGUCUGUCCUGUUGAUUGCUUGUCGCCGCUGCUGUGAGGGGGACCAGAGCUAUGCUCGGUUCAUUCCCUGCUUCAGGCGUAGCGAUGAUCUGGAGAAGACGACCGCCUCCUAUAUUGAGGAAACUCAGCCGGUGCAUGAAAUCACGAUCCGGGUGGAUGAGUCAGAGUGUUUGUCGACAGCCAGCUCCCACGACAUGGAGACUGAGCGCUUCCUGUCCACGGGAAGUACAGGUCGGCGUGUGUCUUUUAAUGAGGCAGCCCUCUUUGACCACAGUAAGAAGGCACAAGAAAAAGGUCGAAGAUACACACUCACUGAGGGUGACUUCCAUCACCUAAAGAACGCCAGACUCACACACCUACACCUCCCGCCAGCCGCCCUCAAGAUCGUCACCAUCCACGAGUGUGAGUCAUCGGAGAACAACAUUGCCAUGACAACACGGCCUGUCGCUAAGUCCAGUCUUUCCAUCUUCCAGCCUCCAAUGCGUCCACUGCCACAGACAACGCUUAGUAGCCUAAGUCCCAGUUCAGCUCUGCCAGGUGAUUCCCUCAACUCCACUGUGGAUGCCAGUUUCUGUGAAAGCCCACCAUCUCCCAUCCCAGAGCCUCCAAGACCCAGCCUGAUUGAAGUUAGAGGUGCAAGCUUGAGGAAUGGCAGCAGUCCAGGCAGUGGGCGAGAGACGGCUCUCGCUUCAGCCUCGGGUAUAUCCUCCUCAAGUGGUGCCCCUCAGGGUCCAGUAUUGCAUUUCCUCACCAAGCUAAGGCGGCACGCCAGUUUGGAGGGAGCCAGUCCUUACCUUAAGAUCAAGAGAUGGAAGUUUGACAGCAGCCAAAGAGCCUCCAGCCUGGACACCAGAGGCUCCCCAAAACGCAGGCCAUUCCAGAGGCAGCGAGCAGCCAGUGAAAGCAUGGACCAGGAUGAGAAUGGUGCCCACCACAUCGACCUCAUUCAGUACAUCGCCCGCACCAAGGAUGUGGCUUAUUGCCCGCCACGUCUUCUUUCCCCCCCAUCCACACCCCCACCGUCCCUCGGCAGGUUAGAGGUUGAGGUGAUGGUGGAGCCAAGCUGCAGCAGAGCAAUGGGGACAGGGAUGAUUGGCUUCAGUGCAGAGCCCCAAGAUGAGGCUCCAGGCAUGGACUGUCAUCAGGAGAGUUCGGACCACCAGAGCCUUUACCGUGACAUCUGGACCUUGCGCGCCUCACUGGAGCAGUACAUCUCCUCCGACCAGAGCAGCAACAAUGACAAAGACUCAGUACAUAGUGAUGCAGACAGCGUGUCUUCUCUUAGAUUAAGAAUGGAGAAGGGUGGGUUGCCCAGUUACCCCUCCCAGGACAUUGGAGAUGGGGUGGAAGGCGAUGCAGAGAUUCCUGGGCAUGAAGGUCUGGAGAAAAGAAAAAAACAGGACAGUGUGGAUUCUGAAAAAGGGAGUGAUGAAUCAGGUACCCGGAAGCUUCUGCAAAUGGAUAGUGGCUAUGCAUCUAUAGAUGCCCCCUCUCGUGUUUCUGAGGAGGUACAGCUGUUGCGGAGUAGAAGUGGUAGCAAGGAGGAAUCGGGAUCAGCAAUAGAACGCAGACAUUUCUUUACCAGUGCUGGGUACAGAGGAACAGUGUGUGAAAGCUUUGACACAGAUAUCUUGGAUGAAGAACUUGAAGAGGAACCUGGGGGAGCUAGUGGAGGUAGUGAUGCAGUAAUGGAACUGGACGAGGAGGGUUUGGUGUGGUCGCCUUACGGACAGAUGUUUACACAGUCUGACACUCAGUCUCGUGUCCCAACCUUGUCUUGCCGGGACUAUAGCAUAGACGAAAAAACAGAUGCACUUUUUCACGAGUUUCUGCGCCAUGAUCCCCAGUUUGACCAGCAGGAGUCACCAAUGCGAUCAAAGCACCGUUCUCGUGUGCAUCUACGCAAGCAGUGGCAACGCUCCAAGCAGUACAGUGAUCCUGGUCAGCGCUUCCACUCCUCCUUUGAUCGUUAUCGCACCCCACUUCGACGUGGAGAGACCGUUAACUACCCUCUGGAAAGUAGCUACCACAGCACACUUCCUCGAAUUGUCAGCGGUCCAGAUGAGGAAAACAGUGAUGGGACUGCAAACCUCGCAGCAGUGCCUAAGGCCUAUAAGAGCUUGGAAGUUUCUGAUAAGAGUCUUUUAUCUCCAAAGAAAGAUGAUACAAAGUACCCUUCCACUACUGACACAAGUGGAGACUUGAAGGAAGAGGCAGAACUUGCCUCCAGACUCCCUCCAGUGACCAUAAGUACUUUGAGUCAGCCGGAGGUCCCUGCAGAAGAGUCAACACGUAUAGAUCAGCUUCCAACUGACAAGCAUUCAACCCCACAGCUACCUGAAACUGGGUAUGGUCCUCAGACAAUCACGGCAGAGCUGAGUGAUAAACUGUCUGUGACUCUUGAAGAGCGUCUGUAUUCUGACUUACGCAGGACCAGGGAGCAACCCGAGUGUUUGCUGACAGCCACGCAUGCCUCACCUGACCAUAGCCCAGUGUAGCACUGGCUCCACUCAUCCCGACCGACUCUAUGGUGAUAUCUCAACAGGGCUUCAUGGAACAAAAGUUCAGUGGUAAUUUCCCUUAGAAACUGAUCAAUGUGACCAGUUUUGGUUGUCAUUUUAGGGUUAGGAUCACAGCAUCAGAAGACAGAGGGUGCAUCUUGGUUAGCUUUUAAGGGGAACUCCAUUCUACAUCAUCUCCAGUGUUGAGUAAGUGGAGAUCAAAACCCGUACCUCACAUUUGACAUGGCAUUAAGUCAAUUUUGAAUGGUGUCUAUAUGGUUUAUGCUUUGUUCAGGCUCCAUUUAGUUAUGUGUUGAAUUCAAAAGUCAAUAUAUUCUCUGCACUAGGUAAUCCACUGUGAACUUGGGUGCUACUAGACUUGCGAUUUAUGUCCUUUGGCUUUGAUAUUUCGAUACAGUUCCAUGAUUCAGUCUCUUUUCAUGUUGCACACUGCACUCCUAAUUCAAAAGACAGAAAGCACUAAUCCAUAAUCUAACAAAUAUGUCCCUGAUACGACUUUCUUAAAUAAUGUGUGUUACAGAUUUAGUUCCUCUGUUCCAAGUCUUUCUAGCCCAUUCUAUCUGCUUGGCUGUAAUCAUGUCUGAAUAAUGACAUAAUUAGCUAUGUAUGUUGCACUAAUUAUCUGUGUAUGCACUUUUCAUGAUUUCAACCACAUGUUUUUCAUUAAGUGUCCUUGUCGUGGUGUGGUAUGGUUCAUGAUAGAACUACUGGUGAGAGAGAAAAACUGCCUUUUGUGCAAUACAUGUAAUGUUAUGAGCUUUUGUUUUUAACCAUACUAUUUAUUAUUGCUUUAAUAUCUAAUGCUUAUCUAUGUAUGCGUCAAAAAAAAAAUGUGUAUAAGGUUUUCGACUGUAGGUGCCAAAUCUUUAGAUCAGGUAAAGUAAUUAUCUGAUUGUAAUUUAAAAGGAAGGACAAUUAUUAUUUUGUGAUAAACAGAGGGUUUAAAUGAGGCCUGUGCUCCAGUGUGUCUCUCAAGAGUCACUUGUGCUUUAUUAGAUUUGAUGAGGGAGACAUGUUGCUUCCUGCAUGCUCGUCAUAGACCAACCACUAUGUGUUCAUUAACAUUUCAUUUUCACGUGAAGACAAUGGGAAGGAUGUGUCCCUAAAGGCUAACUGCACAUCCGGCCUUGAGAGAGAAAUUACAAAGGGUAAUUUGUGGUAAAUCCUAUAUCGACUAAUAACCCCUUGCAAGUGGAUCUUGCUAAAAACACCACAGCUCUAGUCAAUAUCAAUUAUCCAAUCAAGGGCUAAAAGCAAAAAUUCCAAUUUAAGGAUUCAUGGGAAGAGUAGAUGCGAUUAGCAGCUGUUGUUGGUAAAAGCCAUUUGUGGAUUGUGUGGCAGAGCAGACUUUCCCAGACUACAGAAUGUAAAUCCUGGAUUUGAGCUUUAAAGAGCAGGAUUCAGCUCUGCUUUUUUAACCCCCCUUUUCAUGUGAGAUCGUGAGGAGGGAACAAAAAGACCUUAAGCCUUUAUUAAAAUGAGCUACAAAUGUGUACAUAAAAUCCAGAAUGAUAUGUUGGUUUAGAGUGGCAUUGCAUGCUUAAUCUUCAGCUCAGGAUUGCUAAUAUUACAGAUAAAGCUUCAAUAAACUGUGCUCAAAACAUCAUUUACCAUUGAUGUGAUGCCUUUGCCGUUAUCUGUAUCUCUUUAAAUCACAGUGUAUAACUGGAUUCACUGCAUACUAGCUGCUUGCUCUGCUCCAGACGACUUUAGCGUAAUUUCAAUCAUACAUACCGAGUACGUUUGUACAGAGGGCAAUUUUAAGAUAUGUAAAAGCACAAUAGUUUCCUUUUGCAGGUUAUAGAUUAGUCUGUACUUAAGUAUAGACUUAAACGCCGGAUGCUUGGGUGAUGUUUUGUGUUUUAUCACGUAGCCUGUCUAAUGCAUCAAUGCAUUACUGUGUAUAGUUUUGCAUGAGAUGAAUCAGUUAUCAUAAAAAUUUUGUUUUUUUAGAUCUGAAAUUCCGCACCAGAUUAGAUAAUACCUAAUGGAUUCUUUUUUGUUUAAAACAUAAAAUAAACAGAAAUCAGAAUGAUAUUUGUUCUGAGAAGGUUUUUAAAUAUUUUAUGGAGUCUGUUUAUUUUAGGAACAUGCCGUGAUGAACAUGGAAGAGAUUUUGCAAAGCAUACGUCCAUCGGCAAAAAAAUAUUUUUCCUUUGCUAAUAUCUUUCCACUGGAUACCUUUUUUGCUUGCUAUAUUUCCAUAAAAAAAUAAAGAUAUUUCUGUAUAGCUGCUUGAUAUUUAAAUGGCUUAAUAUAAGGAGGAACAAAAAAUGUGAGAAAGGAUGAAUUUUCAGAACAAUUUUUGUUUACCUUAAUCUUUCAAACUCUGAGGGACCAAUUGACAGAAAUGUUUGUUUUGGCUUUAUGAUUUUCAACUCGUCAA